AUGGCUGACGACGCUCAGGCCCCGCUGUGCUCCGAGCGGUUCGGAUCUGGGACAGCACGGAGCUGCCGUGCCGCCGCUGACGGAAGCCUACAGUGGGAGGCCUGGGGGUGGCGCUGGUGGGGCUUCUCCGGGGACCUCAGGGUGAAGCCCGAAGGACGAGAUGGCGGUGGAGGGGAGGCUCUCGCGACAGCCUCACCACCUCUCUCCGGGCUCCAGGCCGUGUUCCUGCCGCAGGGCUUCCCUGAUAGCGUCAGCCCGGACUAUCUGCCCUACCAGCUAUGGGAUUCCGUGCAGGCCUUUGCUUCCAGCCUCUCUGGCUCCCUGGCUACCCAGGCAGUGUUGCUGGGCAUAGGGGUGGGGAACGCAAAAGCCUCUGUUUCAGCUGCCGCGGCCACCUGGCUCGUAAAAGAUUCAACGGGUAUGCUGGGCCGCAUUGUCUUUGCCUGGUGGAAGGGGAGCAAACUGGACUGUAAUGCCAAGCAGUGGAGGCUUUUUGCUGACAUCCUCAACGAUGUAGCUAUGUUUCUCGAGAUUAUGGCUCCCAUAUACCCCAUCUGUUUCACCAUGACCGUCUCCACCAGCAACUUGGCCAAGUGCAUCGUGAGUGUGGCUGGCGGGGCCACUCGGGCUGCGCUGACCAUGCACCAGGCCCGGAGAAACAACAUGGCCGACGUGUCCGCCAAGGACAGCAGCCAGGAGACACUGGUGAACCUGGCAGGGCUCCUGGUCAGCCUCCUGAUGCUUCCUCUGGUGUCAGAUCGGCCUGGCUUCAGCCUUGGGUGUUUCUUGCUCCUUACGGCCCUCCACAUCUACGCCAACUACCGGGCAGUCCGAGCCCUCGUCAUGGAGACCUUGAAUGAAGGCCGGCUCCGGCUGGUCCUGAAGCAUUUCCUCCAGAGCGGGGAGGUACUUGACCCCACUUCAGCCAAUCACAUGGAGCCACUGUGGACAGGUUUCUGGCCAUCUCAGUCUCUUUCCCUGGGGGUGCCCCUACAUCGCUUGAUCUCCAGUGUCUCUGAGUUACAGCAGCUGAUUGAGGGCCACCAAGAGCCCUACCUCCUUUGCUGGGACCAGUCACGGAACCAGGUACAGGUAGUUCUGAGCCAGACAGCAGGCCCUGAGACUGUACUGAGGGCCGCUACACACGGGCUGGUGCUCGGAGCCCUACAGGGAGAUGGACCCCUACCAGGAGAGCUGGAGAAGCUGAGGAACCACUUGCAGGCAGGUCCUGGGAAAGAUAGCUGGAUCAUUGUCAAGGAAACACAUCAAAUGUUGGACAAGCUGUUCCCAAAGUUCUUGAAAGGAUUGCAGGAUGCUGGCUGGAAGACCGAGAAGCACCAGCUAGAGGUGGAUGAGUGGAGAGCCACAUGGCUCCUGUCUCCAGAAAAGAAGGUCUUGUGAGCAGUGCAGACGGAGGCCCAGGACAGGAGCCUGGAGCAAAGACACUUUGGCCAUAGAAGGAUGUGGGAACGGCAGCUUUAUUUUUGUUUAGAGCGACUGCUGUGGUAGGUUGGCCAAGCCCUCAUGAGAAGUGACUGCCAAUCAACUGGACUGGGCCCCAGGCAGAGAGGAGAACCUGGGCCUCCCCACUCCACUCCCAUACCUUCCCCUUUACUGGGGACCACUGUAGCCUCCCUGCGACCACUUAUUACCCUACCCUGGUUUUGGCUCACAGUGUCUAACACAGCUGGCCUUAGGCAUAAAAGCCCCAGAGGAAUGUGGCCACAGCCAUCAUGAGCAAGGCAUUGAGGUUGACCACACGAGCCCAGACCGGGUCCUCACUGAUGUCC